CAACGAGGGGAGCAGGCGGAGCGGGCGCGGGUCCUGCCCGGCCCUGCCCUGCUCUGCUCAGUCCCCCCGGGCGCCCCGACUGCAUGGUCGGCCCCUGGGGGAGGAGAACCGGGACACCCCCCCCGGGCGCGGAGGGGACGGGGGGGAGGAGGAAGCGGCGGCCGGGACCCGAGUCCUUAGUCACCGGGUGCCGGCGGGAGGAAGGGGAAGAAAGGUGGCCGCCGGCUUGUAAACAAUAGCCCGGCUCGCGGCGCCCCGCGCCGCGCCGCCUUUGUUCGCAGCCCCGCCGCGGCUCCCCGCCCGCUGCCGCCGCUCGGCGGGAGGAACCCGGGGGCUCCCUCGCUCCCUCCGGCCGGCGCGGCGCCGAGCGCAGCCCCAGCAGCUGUUUCCCUCCGAUCUCUGCUUCAGGGAAAUACUUGCUGUACCUGCUGAAGUGCACCAGGCUGGGUUUUGUUUUUCUCAUCGCUGAAAAUAUGUGAGACAGCUAAGCAGAGAAAGAAUGUACACUGGCAUUUGGGUAUAGUAAUACAUGAAACCAGCCAUGCUGUUUAAGUUUAUUUUGGAGAAAGAAAACUUCAUUAACACUUAAAAAGACUCUUCCCGUGAGGCAGAAACAGGAGGGAAAAACAUUGCUUUAAAGAAAUCUGAAGAUGAGUGCUCACACGCAAACUGCAGAGAAGGGACAGAACACGACACUCCUGUGCCAGGAAAGCUAUGUUUGCAGUGGGACAGAUGAAGCAAUCUUUGAGUGUGACGAGUGCAGGAGCCUACAGUGCCAGCGUUGUGAAGAAGAGCUGCAUCAGCCAGAAAGGUUACGGAACCACGAACGGACCCGUAUAAGACCCGGCCAUGUCCCGUACUGUGACUCCUGCAAAGGUGCCAAUGGGAACAUAAUGCAUGCCAGUAUGACGGGCUCGAGGCAAGUAGCAGCAGUGAGGUGCCAGGUGUGCAAAAUCAACCUCUGUGUGGAGUGUCAGAAGAGAACACAUGCUGGGGGGAACAGAAGGAAGCACCCUGUCACUGUGUACCAUGCUGGCAAAGCCCAAGAACAGGAAGAGGAGGAGGGGAUGGAUGAGGAGACCAAGAGAAGGAAGAUGACAGAGAAAGUAGUGAGUUUCCUCUUAGUGGAUGAAACUGAGGAGAUUCAGGUAAGGAAUGAAGAAGACUUUAUUAAGAAACUGGACUGCAGUCCUGACCAGCAUCUAAAGGUGGUGUCCAUCUUUGGGAACACGGGGGAUGGCAAGUCUCACACCCUUAACCACACUUUCUUCUAUGGCCGGGAAGUCUUCAAGACGUCUCCAGCCCAAGAGUCUUGCACAGUUGGUGUCUGGGCAGCCUAUGACCCUGUCCGCAAAGUGGUGGUAAUUGAUACAGAGGGCCUCCUGGGGGCCACUGUGAACCUGAGCCAGAGAACACGGCUGCUGCUGAAGGUCCUGGCCAUCUCUGACCUUGUCAUCUAUCGUACUCGUGCUGACAGGCUCCACAAUGAUCUCUUCAAAUUCCUUGGUGAUGCCUCGGAGGCUUAUUUAAAACAUUUCACUAAGGAGCUAAAAGCUACCACAGCCCGUUGUGGCCUAGAUGUUCCUCUCUCAACUUUGGGUCCAGGUGUCAUCAUCUUUCACGAGACUGUGUACACCAAACUACUGGGCUCUGAUCAUCCUUCUGAGGUUCCUGAGAAGCUCAUUCAGGAUCGGUUUCGGAAGCUAAGCUGUUUUCCUGAGGCUUUCAGCUCAAUUCACUACAAGGGAACAAGGACAUACAAUCCUCCAACAGAUUUCUCUGGGCUUAGGCGAGCUGUGGAGCAGCAGCUGGAGAACAAUACUACUCGGUCACCUAGGCAGCCUGGGGUUAUCUACAAAGCACUAAAAGCUCUAAGUGACCGGUUCAGUGGGGAGAUCCCUGAUGACCAGAUGGCUCACAGCUCUUUCUUUCCAGAUGAAUAUUUCACAUGCUCCUCUGUGUGCCUCAGCUGUGGGUGUGGCUGUAAGAGGAGCAUGAACCAUGCAAAGGAAGGAGUCCCUCAUGAAUCCAAAAGUCGAUGCAGAUAUUCUCACCAGUAUGAUAACAGAGUCUACACUUGCAAGGCCUGUUAUGAACGAGGGAUGGAGGUCAGUGUGGUGCCAAAAACCUCUGCUUCCACAGACUCUCCUUGGCUGGGCCUUGCCAAGUAUGCCUGGUCGGGAUAUGUGAUUGAGUGCCCCAACUGUGGGGUGGUGUACCGUAGCCGGCAGUACUGGUUUGGCAACCAAGAUCCUGUGAACACUGUGGUGAGGACAGAAAUUGAGCACGUCUGGCCAGGGACUGAUGGAUUUCUGAAAGACAACAACAAUGCAGCUCAGCGUUUGCUGGAUGGCAUGAAUUUCAUGGCUCAAUCAGUAUCUGAACUUAGCCUGGGACCCACAAAAGCUGUGACCUCCUGGUUGACAGACCAGAUUGCCCCAGCUUACUGGAGACCCAAUUCUCAGAUCCUGAGUUGUAAUAAGUGCAACACGCCUUUUAAAGAUAACGACACUAAGCAUCACUGCCGGGCCUGCGGAGAGGGCUUCUGUGAUGGCUGUUCUUCCAAGACCCGUCCAGUGCCUGAGCGAGGCUGGGGACCAGCACCAGUGCGUGUGUGUGACAACUGCUAUGAAAACAGGGGCAUCCAGUUAGAUGUGGCUGAACUGCCUUCAGAUGAGGAAGGGGGGACACUUAUUGCCAGGAAGGUGGGGGAAGCUGUGCAAAACACACUUGGAGCAGUGGUGACAGCCAUGGACAUUCCCUUAGGUCUGGUAAAAGAUGCUGCCCGACCUGCAUACUGGGUACCAGACCAUGAAAUCCUGCACUGCCACAAUUGCCGGAAGGAAUUCAGUAUCAAACUCUCCAAACACCACUGUCGGGCCUGUGGCCAGGGAUUCUGUGACGAAUGCUCACACGACCGCAGAGCGGUUCCCUCUCGCGGAUGGGAUCACCCAGUCCGAGUUUGCUUUAACUGCAAUAAAAAGCCUGGUGACCUUUAACCCCAGGCUCCUCUCCACAUCUUUGCAAUUCCUUAUGUUCUCAGGGUUACAAAUGAAAAUAUCUGGUCUCCCUUUCACCUUUUAACCUGUUGCAGCCAGAGUGCAUGUUUCCAGUUUCUGGCCUCCUCUCGUGUUAUAUCCAUCUUGAAACGCUGGGAAUGAGCCUACGUUCAGCCUCUAGUUUUAAUUUCGAAUUAACUGGGAAAGGGAUGGAGCUCCCUUGUAAAUGAGCAAACCAAAAUCCAGUGUAUUUUAUUUCAAUUAAAAAAAAAAAUAUAUAUAUCAACUAUGUAUACUUCAGGAUAUUAAGAAUACGGUUGGCUAAUGAAGCUUCGAGUAUUCCUAGUUCAAAUGAUGGAUGGUGUUGUUCCUUACUAUAUUGGAUCAGACUUAUGGCCUUCUAAUUCUUCUUUUGGAAUGUCUUGCUGAUCGCGAUGUCCUGUGAGGAAGGUUUGGACUCUGCUGCCAGGAAAUCUCCAAUGUUGAUGUAUGAAUUACACCUGGCAAUUCAACUAGUCCUACAUCUGGAGGUGCUGUCCUUCUGGCCAUGCAAGAUUAAACUCAGAUUCAUGAGCAAGUUUGUUUGAACUGUGGUAUGAGCAAUGGUCUUGCAGUGCAAGAGGAAUCAAGUUGAAAUAGACCUCUUGGUAGAGACCAGUAAAGCUCUGAAAGGUAAAGCAAAUCAUAUGACACAAGGCAAAGCAUUCUGAUUUUGCCAUUUCAACUUUAAUACCAGAUCAAAAAGUAGCAGGGUCUUGCUCUCCCUGACAGUAUUUUCAUGUACUCAGGUUUUCUUCAAAUUUCAUUGUCAGAUCAUUGCAGUUAAAAGUUUUGUCCAGAGCAGAAGAGAACAAGUUUUGUAAGCAAUUCUGAAAUAUGAAGUUUAAAUUGUUUGGGUUGUGAUGACUUUUCUUUUCCCCCACUUUUUAAGUGAUCCUGUAGUCUCUGAAGCCUCUGUGUUCUCAAACGUGGUUGCAUAGAAACUGCACAGAUUUGACUCAUCUUUCUUCUAAUCGUAUGAAUUUACGAAUCAACCUGGAAAAUGGGAACCUUUCUUCUUUGCUCCUUGCAACUGGCACUCACUGGACUUCAUCCUUUUAUUAAAGGACUGCAAUGAAUUCACUGAGUUUAUUAUCAAAAGCACCACUUAACCUAACUUAUACUGUCAUGUACUGUGGAUUUGUGGUUCCACUUAUACAAAGUAAGAGACCAUUGUGAACUAAACUGCCUAAAAUGCUCCAUUCUUGGCUUACAUACACAUGAAUUCUUUCACCAUGGGAGUUGCCUCCUCUUGGAGUGGCUGGAGUUUAAUGCAAUGUCUUGGAACUGUGGUAUUUUGUCCCCAGCUUAUUAAAUGUGCUCUUCUGUAGAUGAGUGCCCAACACCCUGUUUUAAGACUGUAUUAUUAAAUUAACUGCUAUAAAGGACUUUAUCUUCCGAACAAGCGUACUGACUUUCCUUGUAACAAGUGGGUUCUCACUUUGUUUCUGAAAGAACAUAUUCACAAAGUGAUUGCCCCUUUGCAACUACAUCCAGCCUACACAAGGAAGUAGAUUUAGAAGAUGUUCCAGGAGACCUUCGGUACUGGCCAAGUUUACUGGGGACUGUCUCAUAUUUCUGUAAGCAAAAGUCCGCCAUAAACUGAGAGUUGUCCAAGUGAGGAUACGAGUAGGUAGAAAUCCUCUUUUAAAAGACACUCUGUACAUCUAGCAUAAUUCUGUGCUUCAAAGUAUUUUUUAUUUUUUUAAUGGGUGAGCAAUGUGUUCUUGGUUUGUAGGCUGUGCCCUGUGUGCUGUUUAUGCAUGUAGCUUUACUACCAUGUUAAUGCACAAAGAGAAAGCAGCCAUGACAUUCCUUGUAUAAAAUCUUUGGCAUCUGUUUCAACAACUUGUCUGAUUUUUUUUUUUCCUUGUCACAGCCAGAAUUACGACUCAAUCAAAAAGAAAAUAUUGUCUAAACAUUUUUAAUAUAUAUGUGAUUUUAAUCACUUAGCAACCUGUCAGCAUCUGAGUCCAUUCCUGAUUGAUUAUCCUGGAGCUAAAUCUUUUAUGCUGUUUCUCAACAAAGCAAAAUCUUAUGUGGUGCUUAAACUGCAGCAGGCUUGGUGUUACUCUUUAUGGACAGUGUUGAGAGGUGUAUUUGGGAUCUCUGUUUUCCAAAAUGAAAAAAAGAUCUGUAAGGUUUAUGUUCACUGCUGUUUUCUGUACAGAAUAGCCUUUAUUUUUUCUGAUACUAUUUGGUGCUGUGAGUGCACGAUAUAGGAUUAUGGUUAUUAAAUGGCUUAGCUAUUUAAAAGGGUUAGAUGCAUAUUUUAGCAGAGCCCAACGCUAUUGGGUAUUAACACAUUAAAAUUCAAUAAACAAAAGAGCUCUAAAAUACAUCUGUGGGCAGAAAGCUCUACAGGAAACUUAAAUGAAGGAAAUGGAAAUCAUGAAAAAAAAUAUCACUGAAGCAAUAUUGUGAGCAUGUUGUGCUUGGGGGGGCGGGACUGUGAGUAGAAACCUGCAAGAGUUUUAUUCCUAAACUAUUAGGAGAGAUGUUUUGUGUGCUGAGGUAUUGGUAGCAUCUAACCAGAGUGAGUCUUUGGAAAACCUGUCAAAAUUUAACAGCAACAUUAAAUUUUGCAAAAGCACAAACUGUGAUUGUUUCAUACUGGCAGUAUGAGACAGGUCUGACAUUAAUGCAGCUCCUUUGUGAAAAAGUCUUGUGUAUUUACAAGGGCAGCAAUAGGAGGGGACUGUUUUCCAGGAAAUUUUUAGAUCACUGUGUGUGCUAUACUGAAGAGAAAUUAAUUACUUACCGUGAAGUUGCAGUAGGUCAAGAUGAUAAUGCGUCCCUUGGAUCAACUGAAGUUCACUGUAAUGUUAACAUUUCAGAAGUUAAAAUUGACACACUUACUUGGUAGGAUAAUGAAUUCAAUUGGUCUGAGAUGUGACACGAUAAAAGCAUGUUCUGAGUUACAGAUUGAAGUUGACUGAUGUAAAUCUCUUGGCAGAAAAUUAUAUCAGAUUGAUUAUUGGCACACCAAGCAGCGUCCCCACCUCUUCUUAUAAGGAAUGCUGUGGAAAACAUCAAGUAAAAUAAGAAUCCUGUGAUCUAACUGAUGUACAAAGAUGUGUGCCCCAGUGAAAAACACAUUCCUCACCCAAAGCACCACAAAACAAGCCUAGACUUGUAGAGGAAAAAGCAUCUGAUUGCUCUGUUCUGCUGGAUUUAUUUCCAUUGUGAGUACGUACGCCAAUUCAGCAUGAAGGUUCAUCUUCAAAUAGGUGAUGUGGGUUUUUCUCUCAUUCUAUGAAGCAAAUAUAUGUGAGCUUUGUAUAGAUGUGCACACUUUUAGUUAGGUACCCUACCCAAAACCUGUAGGCUAAUCUUGGCUUAAAUGUGUAUCAUAUGCACGUUGCCCCUGAGCCUUGCAGCUGGGGAAACUGAUGGCAGAACAGCACGGCUGUAACAUGUAGCUAUUGUCAGGGUAGGAGCAGGCUCUAAUGUAUGGUUACUUGCACGGGAGAAACUGCUUUGUUUUUCGCUCCCCUCUUGCCCUCCCCCAUUGGUUUUCCUGUUCAUUCAUUCUCCUGCCCAGUUGCACGAGCUGAAGUUGGCCAAGGUAUUCUCUGUGUUCCUGUGUGUGUCCCUUGUGAAUUGGACCUUUGGUUGUGUCCUGGAAAACAUGACAACCCUCCCUAGCUUUUGAUGUCAGCAAGAGUUCUUGGAAAUAAAUACCAUCAUUAUGUUAGGUUUGCCUUGUAUUUAUACCAGGUGUCUGUCUGCCGUGACUGUGCUGAGACACUCAUAAAUGCCCCUGUUGCUUUGGGAGCCUGGGCUUUAAUAUUGCAGGACUCUGGCUUCCCACCUGGUCAUACAGACUUUCUUUUUCAUAUUUUUGCUUUCAGCAUAACCAGUCCAAUAAGGUUUAAAUGCUAAUAUCACUCUAUUUUGCAGCCUCUCAUUUUCAUGUUUCAUUUGUCAGUCACUAUAAUGCCAGAUAUCAUGGCAUUGUCCUUGCAUUCAGUUAUUGCUGAUGGCUGUAAUAUAAUUUGGCACCAACAAUUUGCCUGCUAGUAAUUUGAGAACAGAGAGUGAUUUGGGCAAGUGAUAGAACUGUCUGUUUUUUGUCAUCCAGGUCCUGUCCCUACCCCCUGCUUUAGCUGAGCACUCUUUCAUGGUAAAGCAAUGUUGACAUAUAUAUUCUGUCAGUCACAGCACAUAGUAUGUCUUAAAAUGUAUUUGUGAAAUCAUGGCAAUGCCACAAUAAAUAAAAUCUUGAUAUGAGGGUUUUCAAAAUCAACAGUAUAGUGUGACAAAUACAAAGCUAAAGUAGAAUGGCAGCUAAUCAGUUAUCUUAAGACAAAAUUAAAGUGCAUUCAGCUUUUUAACUUCACUUUUGUUGGAUAUAAUUCAAGCAAUAGAAGAUAUACAAGUACAAGUGGUGUAUAUAUAUAUACACGGAAGUCUUUAUGUAGGAAGUGUUUUGUGGCAUUACAGAAAUUCUAAUUUCAAGAAUGUCUGGAGAUUUUGAAACACUGAUUUCUGAUGUUUUGAGAAGCUGGUUAAAUCUUUCUGCUUCUGCUUAAAAGGUAAUUUUUCAGUAGCACUGGAGAGAAGAAAUAGCGUAUGUAUGAUGAUGACUUGUCAGGAAGGCAUUGGAGUGCUUCACAGCCACCAUGAUAUCAACAGAAUUACAGAUAGGAAAGAAGUUGUUUGAACAAGAAAAGGCAGGUGAUCUUGGUUAUAUUUUCAGACAUUACUUUAAAAGGUUUAUCAACUUGGUGCCUUGGCUUCCAUUUUUGAAACAUUAAACUAAUUUGUGAAGUGUUUUAAACACUUAGAUCAAGCAUCUCUCAGCCCCAAUCCCUUACCCCAGAACCCGUCUAGAAAGUACCUUAGGUUGGCAUUGACUGCUUGAUUCAGCCUACAGUAUAUGUAGUAUAUAUAGCAUAUGCAAGCAGCCACUAACAACUGAAGGUUUGAGGACCAAAGCUGAAUUGUUCACUGCCAGAUUAUAACUUUCCUGAAAGCAGCGUCUGUAAGGGGACACCUUGGGACUAUGUACAUGUUUGGGGUUGAAUUCUCACAACAAAUGCUUAAUUUUCUAGUCCUGUUAGAACAGGUCCCUAUUAAACUCAGAAAUGCAAAAAAUGCAUGUGUGAA